AUGCCACCCUCCCGCUCAAGCAUAACAAGCGAAGGCCACGAAAGACUAGAACCACGCCUCCUUCGUGCAGCCGAAACCAAUGACCCAGAGGCCUUAGCAAACAUAAUAACCCUAGCGCGCGAGCACAACCAACUAACCGACAACUUCCUGCGUAUAGGAUUAAUGCGCAGCGCCGAACGCGCCAACCACGCCGCAACCGAAUACCUCCUCUCAAUAGGCGCCAAAACAGACGUCGCGUCGAACCGGAUAUCACCACUCCACCGCGCUGUCGAGCGCAACCUUCCCGCCAUCGUCCGCUUGCUCCUUGACCAUGGUGCUUCGCCUGAUUCGGCUGAUAAGGAGGGUCGCACGGCGCUUAUGAUGGCUGCUUGGAGGAAUCAUGUCGAUAUUUUGCAGCUGUUGAUUAUGCGUGGGGCAGAUGUUAAUAAGAAAGAUUUGAGGAGGAGGAAUGCUCUGCAUAAUCUUGCGGCUGAUAAGGCUUGUCGGUUUGGAUGGGGGGAGGAGGUUGUUAGGUUGUUGUUGAAGACUGAGUGUGCUGUUGGGGGGAGGGGGGUGUUGAUGAAUUGGGGAGGACGCCAUUGCAUUGGGCUUGUGCGAAAUGAGGAUGGGAAUGGGAGGAGGGCUGGGGUUGAGAUUGAUGCUGUUGAGUUGAGAGGGAAGACUGCUUUGCAUGUUGCUACUGCGCAUGACCGGGUUGAUAUUGUGUUGUUGUUGCUUGAGCAUGGGGCGGCGGUUAAUGCUACUAGUGAUGGUGGUUGGACGCCGUUGCAUAAUGCUUGUGAUAAGGGCUGUGAGGGCAUUGUGAGGAUAUUGUUGAAGGCCGGUGCGCAAGUGAAUGCUCAGUUGUUGAAUGGGGUUACGCCUUUGCAUCUUGCUGCGCAGGGUGGACAUCGGGAGGUUGUGGAGUGUUUGCUUGAGAGGGAUGAUUUGAAGAGGAGGGUUAGGGAUAACUUUGGGAGUACGCCGUUUCUCAGGGCUGCGCAGUUUAAGCGCAAGGAUAUUGUGUUGUUGUUGGCGCCGUUUAACAAUGUUGAGUCGUUGUCCGAUGAUGUUAAGGAUGCUUGUGCUGCGUUUGAUGCGACGGUUGUGGAUUUUGGCAACUUUCACAAUGAGAAUCGUGUCAAGCGCAUGUCUGUUUUCGAUCUGCUGUAUGGCAGGGAUCGGGAGAAUCCUCGCAAGCAGGCUGUGACGGCUGUACCGGCCGAUAGUCGCGCGACUGAUUUCCGGUGGAUUCAUCUCCCUGCUAAUAAUAUGGCUUGGGUGGAAGCCUUGCUGACCAAGUCUUUUAUUGAGGAGGGGGCUCAUGAUGUUGAUGGGUUCAAGGGACUGGAGAAGUCGUUCAACUAUCAACAUCGGGGUCAACGGACCCAUUCGCAUUUCAUGCGGCCGUUAUGUCAGAAUACACCGCGGACGAUGAUGCGACGACGAGAGGAAAAGAAGGAGGAAGAGAAGGAGGAGGAGUUAUCAGAAGGACAAGCCAAAGCAGAGUAUACAUCCCGCAAACAGAAAGGCGGCAAGAUGGAGCGAGUUGAUUCACACUCUCAUGAUGAACCGGUGAAGAAAGGCAAAGGCAAUCAGAACCAGAGUCAGAAGCGUGGCAAGUCAGGCAGUGCACCAGGGACUCCGAAAUCAGAGACAAAAGGAAAGUCGCCAUGGGGACCGAGUGAGAAACAGGCUCGAUCAUCGCCUCUGUCGUCGUCGAUGUGCAAAGACUCUCAUCCGCUUGUUUCGGCCUGUAACAUUUGCGUCUUCAUGCCGUACCUCCACUUCGAGACAACCGAGCGAAGACAAAAGAUGCAAGAUGCAAUUCAACGCGCCGAGACACUGGAAUUCCUUCCGGGAGCAAUGAAGAGAAUGCGCACAAGAGACGAAAUGCUCAUCGAUGCACAUCUCUCAUCCUCAACAACCUCCCUGCACGUCCGCAGAACACUAGACCAAUUCUUCUACCCUAACAUCGAUACCCAGAGCCGCGACCAGGACCAAGUGGUAUACCGAUACCAGACCAAAAGCCCUGGAAUGGGCUCCGAUCCCAAAAUCUUCAUGGUCGAUCAACUGUGGAUGUGGAUUCUCGGCACGAACCUCAUCGUCACAGGUUUCCCACAAAGAUGGGACCAGCCCAAGAACGACCCGCUCAACGUGCUUGAUGGUAUUAUCGAAGAUAUCAACUCCAAAACUCGCGACCCUGUCAAGUCGGUAUAUGACCUGGCAAUCAUCAUCACGAACCGAUGCUCGGGGGUCUUCGAUCGCCACCGUCUAGGCGAUGAGGAGUACCAAUUUCUGGAUAUGUUCGAGUCAUCCAUUGGUAUAGCAACCGACAAGGAAACACUUCUAUUCAAUCAAUUCAACCACGCCUCCGUGCAAGCAUCCGACUGGCUAAAAAGCCACCGCAAGCUGAACGGCUCAUUCUCAAAGUCGGUAGAUGAGGAUGGUCUGACAAGCGAUUACUGCGAUGAAGACGGCCAGCCGCUCUUCGUCGACCGGCUCCUAGAUAUCGGUCAGGAAACCGAUCUCUUAGCCGAAACAAAAGACAUUCGCGAUGAACUGAACAUGAUUCGCACGGUGCUGGAACACCAGAAAUAUGUCCUGAUCGAUUUCCAAGAUGUCAUUUGCGAGACAUACCAAGGCCAGCAUCGCUCACAGGUUGAAGUCAAGAAACGGUUCAAGGACCAGCAGCGUGUGAUCGAUAUGCAUCUCAAGGAUAUCGAUCGAAUGGAUAAACAGGCAGAGCGCAUAUAUCACUCUAUCACAGAUUUGCUGGAUCUAAAACAGAAACAUGCCAAUGCGUUCGAGGCACGCUUUGCGCGUGAUCAGGCUGCUGGUACUACACGCCAGAGCAAGACGAUUAUGGUUUUCACUAUUGUCACCAUCGUCUUCUUACCUCUUUCGUUUAUCACUUCCAUUUUCACGAUCAACAUGAAGGAAUUCAAUAAUUUGAGUCUUGACUAUGUGGCCAAAUAUACCUUCGGUAUUGGCUUUGCGAUCUCCAUCCCGCUUGUCUGGGUUGCCCUUAUGGUUGACGAUAUCGGUGGUUACUUCCGUGUUGGUAGUCGACGCUGGCUGUCCGGGCGGAAGAAGGCUACUGCGCCGGCUGAACGGGGCGAGGGACCGUUGCAGGCGCUGGAGAUGGAGAAGAUUAUUAGCUUGUCGCGCAUGCGUCGGAGUGUGGAUGUUGAAUAUGGGGGAAAUUUGUUGCCUGUUUCUACGCGCGGCUCUGCGGUGUCUAGACGGCCUGGUUUAUAUGCUAAUGGGGUGGGCAAUGGGGUGAGGAAAAGUUAUGAUGCCCGGCCGAGUAAUGACUACAGAUCACGAUGA